ACAAACGUACUAAUAACAAUUCAAGACAUGGACAUCUGUUUAAAUGUAACGGCGGGUCCAGCUGUUAGAACGAAAAAGAAUACACUGAGAAGAACCAAGUCUUUCAAAUCCUCAAUUAAAAAGUCAAAGAAUCAGUCUUUCCAUAAAGAUGCAAUACUAAAUAGCAAAGAAUCAAGAAAAACCAUGGAUAUGCAGGAAACAGGGUACAAGAAAAGAAUAAAACAGAAGUCAUUAUCAGCUAUCUUUGCUAAAAAGUUGAAAGAAGCAGACUCUGUCUGUCGAAACGUACUGCAUCCUCAAAUUCCAUCUCAAGAUAAAGACCUAACAGCGAAAGCUGCAAAGUCAAAAAGAAUUGAACAGUCUAAUGUAAUAAGCAAAAAGAAUGUAAACUCUGAUAAGAUUUCUUCUACUGUGAACUUUGAUUCCAUAAAUGAAUCAAUUGUAUCUUUUACAAAUGCAACAAAAGAACAUACUGAUAGAACACCAUUGCCGAAAAGGAGAGAUAAAUCAAAGAUUAAAAAUCAAUCGAAGAGAUUAUUUUCUACUACAUUUUCGAGUCAGUUAAAAAAUCAGAAUGAAACAGAUUUAUUAAAUUCGACUAAAAAACAUAACAUUCUUAAAAAUAAUUUUAAAUUAGUCAAGACAUGUAAAGUAAUUAAUGAAUCACCAGUUUUACAAUCUGAUAAGAUUCUUUCUACUGCAAACUCUGAUUCCACAAAUGAAUUAAUUGUAUCUUUUACAAAAACAACAAAAGAAAAUGUUGGUAGAACAUUGUUAGCAAAAAAGAGAGAUAAUUCAACAAGUGAAUCGAAGAGAUCACUUUCUGAUAUAUUUUCAAAUCAAUUGAAAAAUCAAAAUAAAUUAGAUACUCCAAAUUUAAUACAAAAACAUGGCAUUUCUAAAGAUAAUUUUAAAUCAGAUAAGAAAUAUAAAGAAUCACCUGUUUUAACAAAUGCAAAGCAGACAGAUAUCUUGAAUAAAAAGAAAGAAAAAAGAAAGAAAAAGAAAAUUGUAAAUAACAACAAAGAAUCAGAUGAAACUCCAAAAUUAAUGCACAGAGCUAGUGGAAAAAUGUCCUCUUUAUUUGGUAAUAAUCCCGACGUACCAACUAUAGGCCAGCGAUUUGUAAAACCUGUAAAUGAAUCAGUUUUUACAGAGAUUACUUUCGCAGAUCUCAAUAUUCAUCCAUAUAUGAUAUCAAAUUUAGAGCAAAAUAUGGGUAUAACUAAAAUGACAACUGUUCAACAAAAAGCAAUCCCUCAAAUAUUCUCAAAUAAGGAUAUUUUAAUAAGAUCUCAGACAGGAUCUGGAAAAACAUUAGCGUAUGCUUUACCCAUUGUUGAACUGUUACACAAAAUUAGACCUGAACUUAAUAGAAAUAGUGGUUUAUCGGCUCUUGUAGUUGUUCCAACAAGAGAAUUGGCCUUGCAAACGUAUGAGUGCUUUAUAAAAUUGGUUAAACCUUUUGUGUGGAUCGUACCAAGUUACAUAAUUGGCGGGGAAAAGAGAAAAGCGGAAAAAGCUCGGUUACGUAAGGGAUGUAAUAUAUUAAUAUCUACUCCUGGUAGAUUAUUAGAUCACAUAAAACACACAAAAGCGUUGAGAUUAAAUGAUGUUAGAUAUUUCGUGUUAGAUGAAGCUGACAGAAUGCUUGAUAUGGGAUACGAAAUGGACAUUUCUGGGAUAGUAAGUGCUUUGAAAGUAUCAUGCUCUAACGAUGAAAAAGAAUACAACGCUAUGAAAAUAUUUAGACAAAAUAGUAAGAAAAUAUUUACGGAUGGAGAAAUUGAAGAAACUUUAAAGGAAGAUAAUAUGAAGUUCAAAACAGAAGAAAAUAAUACUGAUAGUAGUAAAAAGAAACAAAUAUAUCAUUCAAGCGACGAUGGCGAUAGUGAUCAUACCGCUAAUAAUAUCUUUCUAUCAAAAAAAAGGAAAAAAGAUACAAAGAGUUUCGGUGUAAAUGAAAAAUCUGAUUUGACAAUAGAAAGUAUUCAAAAUGUCAAGCAAGAUUAUGAAAAUCAAUGGAGAAGGCAGACAAUUUUAUUGUCUGCAACUUUGACACAAGCUGUUGAAAAAUUAGCGGGUCUCACGAUGCAGGAUCCAAUCUUCGUUGACGCAGCUAAAAAAAAUUUAGAAGUGAUCGGGGGAGAUACUAGUACGAUUAAUGAAGACCUAAUAGUUCCGCAAAGUGUAAUUCAGAGUUACAUAGUCACUCCGCCCAAAUUAAGAAUAGUCACUUUAAGCGCUUACAUUGCCGGGAGAUGUCAAACUCCUGGACAGCAUAAAAUACUGAUUUUUAUGGCUACACAAGAUAUGGUAGAUUAUCAUACCGAAAUUUUAUCUUCUAUUCUUACGAAACCAAUAGACGAUGAUGACGAAGACUCCGAUCCGAUGGUUGAUGUAGAAUUCUUUAAACUACACGGUAAUAUGACACAGAAGGAAAGGACAGAAGUCUUCAAAACUUUCAGCCAAGCGAAAAGUGGAGUACUAUUGUGCACAGAUGUCGCAGCUCGAGGAUUAGAUAUGCCGAAAGUAGACUGUGUUGUUCAGUAUACCGGUCCAAUUUCGGCUAGAGACUACGUUCAUCGAAUCGGUAGAACCGCGCGCGCUGGUUGUUCCGGCACGGCGACAAUCUUCCUAACGCCCUCGGAAAUCGAAUUCGUACGGAUGCUCGAGUCGAGGCGCAUCAGAAUCAAGCAGCAGGACAUGAACGAUGUCCUGGAUAAGCUGCUGGGACCUCUUUCCAAGCACAACUCCGUGCAGGCAGCGGCUGUCGCCCUUCAAAACGAUUUUGAAGAUUUAGUACUGGAGAAUCGGCGACUUGGCGCGAAAGCGUGUAAAGCCUACGUCUCCUGGAUGCGUUUCUAUUCAAGUUAUCCGCGCGAUAUGCGCGAGAUAUUCAAUCGAAAGGUGCUUCAUUUGGGUCACUAUGCCAAGAGUUUCGCGUUGAGGGAUCCGCCGCAACGAAUCGGCGGAAUCGGCAAGAAGCUGCACGAGAAAGAAAUUUCGAAACCCAGGCACAAUAACCGUCUAUCGAGCAAGCCAUCUGAUGGGGUGCCGCAGAAGAAGCAGAGGAUCGGAGACGGCGACGAGAAAAGAGCGGGGUUGUUGAAGAGAGUCAGAAUGCUUAACACCUCCGAAUACGAUAGCGGCCUCGAACCCCCGAAGAAACCAAAGAAGUAAUCCCCGUGCUUCGUCGGCGAUUGUACAUUAACUCGAUUGUACAUGUUGUAAACAGGAACAGCGAUUUCACGUCUGUAAUUCGCCACCUGUGAA